AUGAGGAAGAUGUUAAAUGGUUGGGAAUUGAUUAACAACUAUUCAUGUUCUAGUAUGGGCAGGAUAUGGGUUAUUUUUGAUAGUAGUAAAUUAAUCAUGAAAGAUAUUAUGGUUCAUAACCAAUUCAUCCAUUGUACAAUGGAGAGUGAUGAGAUAAAUUGUUGGUGUACUAUUGUUUACGGGUCUUACAUUGCUGUAGACAGGAUGGAGUUAUAUAGUAAGCUAAUUGAUGUGAGUAAGAUGGGUAGUAAGUACACUUGGACUAAUAACCAAAGUGGUAGUGAUAGAAUUUGGAGAACUAUUGACUGGUGCUUUGUCAAUGAUGCGUGGUUAUCUGACUUAGGGAAUGCUUACUAUGAUGUGCUAGCUCCUGGUGUGUCUGAUCAUAGCCCCCUAGUUAUUAAGAUGCAUAAUGGAAAUGUGAAGAAGGGAGGUGGAUUUAAGUUCUAUAACGUUUGGUGUGAGCAUCAGGAUUUCAUUGAUUAUGUCAAAAGAGGUUGGAAUAUUAAUAUAAAUGGUGUAAACAUGUAUGGGGUCUACCAGAAGCUUAAGAACACUAAGUGUGAGCUUAAAAGGCUGAGCAGAAGGGACUUCAGUGGAAUUUCCAUUAGGAUUAUAAAAACCAGAGAGUUUCUUUUCAAGUUGCAGAAUGAUUUACAAGCUAACUCUUCUUCUUCUGAGCCGAUUGAUGAAGAAAGAGUUGUGCAUAAGCAUUUCUGCAAGUUGAUCAAGUGGGAGGAAAGCAUUGUUAGACAGAAAUCUAGAAUGAAAUGGAUAGCUUUGGGGCAUAAAAACACCAGGUUUUUCCACAUGUGCAUCAAGCAAAGAAUCAAUAGAAAAGAAUUGUGA